AUGCGGGAUAAGGCUCACAAUGCGAUAUUGCAUAAUCUCGGAAUGGCGACGGAAAAUAUUCUCACAUACAAGGGCAAUUGCCACUGUGGUCGCUACCGAUGUGAGAUUGACAGUCCGGAAAUCACCGGUGCCAUCACCUGCGACUGUGCCAUGUGCGCCAAGAAGGGAUACCUCUGGAUAGUCCCCGAGAAAGGUGCUUUCUGCGUGAUACGAGACGACAGCCGCCUAACCGAGUUUCAAUCCACGUCGCUGCGAGACAAGUUUUGUAAUUACUGCGCCAGUGGGGUUGUUGGCCAGCACACGAGUGGUUCGAUGGCUGGGCAGUUCGCUGUCAACAUCCGAGCCAUCCAAGACGUAAACCCUUUUGAGCUCGAGUCAAAUCUGGUCAUGAAACCCACCAACGAGCCGAAAAGAGAUUUUGAGAUCAUAGCCAAAUUAUACAUGUCCGAACCCCAAGGGCACGAAACCGCCUCAUGUUACUGCGGCAAGGAUAGAGCUGAGCUCCUCUUUCCACUCUCUGAGCAGGAAAUGAAGGAAGACAACUGCAGUUCUUGUGUCAGGACUGCUUAUAUAGGCGUUUAUCCCACACGAGAUCAAGUGCGCAUGAUCGGCCGCGAGCACACCUUUGAGUACAUUCACGGCAGAAGGUAUGGCGGCGCUCCUCAUUGCAAGGACUGUGGGGUGUCUGUAUUCGGGAGUAUCUACGGCCCGGACCCGAGCGUCUUUGACAGCUUGCGCCGGAAAGACGAGCUGUUGUGCUGGAAGUAUAUCACAAGAACAUGGCGCUUCAACCAGUUAAUGUGA